GUAAAUAUGAAAAAUAUGUAAAUACCCAGGUUUAGAGGAAAUGCAGUGAGUGUACUGUGGUGAGGUCUUUCUGAAAACAUUUGGCAGUAUGUGUUAAAACCUUAACACCUGCUUGCUCUAAUCCAGAAUUCCUCGUUAAUAAUUCAUCCUAAAGAACAAUCAUGGAUAAAUGUCAUAGUUUAGCUUCUAGAAUGCUCAUUGAUGCAAUGAUUCUAUUCAGAAAAUUUAGAGACAAUCUCAUGUUCAAAACAGCAAAUCAGUUAAAUUAUGGUACAACCAGCCACUUAGGGGAAUAGAAUCAACCAUGAAAGUCAUGAUGAACAUCAGGGGUCAGCCAACUUUCCGUAGAAGGCCAGGAAAGAAAUACUUUGGACUUUAUGGGCCACACAUCAUACACUAUAUCACCUAUUCUUCUUUCAUUGCUUUGCAACCCUUUUUAAAACUAAAAACCACUCAGAACGGGCAGGCUGUGCAGAAAUCCAACCCACAGGCCAUUUGGCCAGCCCUCAAUGGAGAUAAAUAUGCAUUAAUAUGUUUAUGAAAUGAGUUAGGUGCAAUAUAUAACAUGCAAAACUGUGGGUAAGAAUGAUUUAAUCUUAGUUUAGAUGGGUGUGUGUGUGUGUGUGUGUGUGUGUACACUAGUUCAGUUUAUAUACAUAUGUAUAUAUAUUUACACACACACAGUAGACAAAAGACAAUUAACCACAUUCAGGGACAAUUGCGCACUGUGUUUUCGGCUGUUUCUACAAUGGUUGGGUAUUACUGUAAUACGAGAAGAAGUCAUUUUUACUUUCAUGUUUAGAAUACAGCCUGAAAAUUGGGAAAGACUGACUUCCAUCCCAAAACCUGUCCUCCAUUUCUCCAUUAAGCAAAUCACAUCACUUUUAUUGUUCUCAGUUUUCCACCAAUUAAAGAAAAAAAAAAAAAAUACAACCCAUGCCUCAACUAGGACCAUAGGCGGGUUAAAGAGAAUGUAGUUGUCAAGAAGUCAGGUUGUAUUAGAGCACUGGGAGCGAUAUGGUUAGACAUUGGGAUUUGUUUCUGAUUUUGUUUUCUAAACAGUAUCUUUAGAACCACCAGAGUUUGAUAUUGUUGACUUUACGGACCACAUUAACGUCAAUGUGAAUUUCCCACCUGUUAUGCCCAAGAUACUAGAUGGAGAAGUAUUACAGUUUUACUUAUCACUCAUCAUCGAAGAACAGUCAGCGGGGAUUGUCAAGAAGCAUAACCCCACACUAAAUGAAAACAUCACUGGAAAUUUCACUUACGUCAUCGACGGGUUACUUCCAAACACAAACUACUGUGUAUCUGUUUAUUUUAAGCCUAGAUAUCUGGGAACAAUCCAUAGAUCUCCAGUAAAAUGUACCCUCCUUCAACCUGCACAGGACACAGGGUCAUCAGAAUCUGCCAAAAUAGGAGGAAUAGUUACUAUGUUUUUCAUAGCUACUGUCUUCAUAAGCACCAUAAUAAUACUGAAACGGGUUGGUUAUAUAUGCUUAAGAAGUGAUUUCCCCAAAGUUUUGAAUUACAACUCGUCAGCCUGGGUAUUCCCUGAGAUGCCACCAGUAGAAGCAGUGGCUUUCGUGGAGGUGAUUCACGUUAACAGGAAGAAGAAGGUGUGGAAUUACAAUUACGACGACGAGAGUGACAGCAAUGAUGAAGCCGCAGACCCUGUGACAAGCACCGGUGGCUAUACCAAGCAUGGGCUAAUGGGUGGGCUUCUCCGUCCCACCUCUGCCUCCUUGGCCACAUGCGGGGACUGCCUGGAGUCCAACACUGAGGAGGCUGACCUGUCUGAGCAGGACUCUGAGCCGCUGAUGACACCAGGGCCCUGCCCCAGGGGGUGGGAAUGCGCAAGUGGGGCCUACGAGGGGAGAGGGAAGCUGCUACAGGACCCCCUUUCCGAGGAGGACAGCAGCUCCACGGAAGAGGCUGGGGACAAAAUUACCUUCAAUGUAAAUCUAAGCUCUGUGUUCGUGAGCGCCCUCGAUGACGACUCAGAAGUCCCUCCAGGGUUACCAAGUUUUCCAGAAGAGACGUUCGACCUCAAGGAUUCCCAUCAACUGGAAACAAGUUUUCUGGCGGCCCACGGGGAAGGGACACAGCCACCCUCCCCCACCCCCUCGGCAGAGUGCCCGUGGCCUGAAGAUGUGCUUUCUGAUAAAAGUGACAGUUCUGAGUCAGAUGUUGACAUCGGGGACGGCUAUAUAAUGAGAUGAACCCCCAGAAUAUUUAAUGAACGUGGACUCACCAAUACCUUCAUGGUUUCCCCCCCUGCACUGUCACUUCCUCCCUUGUGGUCUGUAGUGUUCCCCAGGGAAAGUGUUGGAGACUGCGGCCGGCUCCCCCCGGGGUUGGGGGGGGGGUGGUUCCUGGUGACGGCAUCUGUGCAAAUUACCAGUGUGGGAGAGGAGUCGGAACCGGAACCGGACCUGCGGAUCCUUCAGUGCCUUGUUUACAUGUGGUUUGCAGGGGUGGUGCAGGGCCCUGCAAGAUUUCUGGGAAAUAAUGAAAUUAGCCAGGGUGGGAGUGGGGAAAGAAAAGAAAGACACUCAGCGGGGUUCUGAGCAGGUACAGGAGCAGUCUGCAGUGUUGAGUCCAGCAGGCUCAAGGAAGGAGCCAGAAAGCAGGCAGGAAAAGAGAAGGAAGGGAAGGCAGCCGGAGGGAAAGGCAGGGGACCCACAAAGAAACAGAAGCACAUGUUGGAAGGAGGGAAGGUCCAGCCCAGUCUAGGGCUCCUCCCACAUGUAAUAUUCUGUCACCUACACUCAGAGAAUUUGGCUCUCGGCCACUUGGCCAGCCCUCCUCAAUCUGAGUGAGGAAGACAAACUCACACACAUCAGUAACUCUAGCGUCAGGCAGGUGACUAAUAGGAAACAUUUGCAUGAGAGAGGGGGAUAGAAUCUCAGUGCCAAAUUUUAAAAUAAAAAAAAAAAACGAGAACAAAUGGAAAAUUGUUUCAAAGUCUUCAGAAGAGAUAAGUCACAAAAUUUCUGGAGAGCCUAUUUAACAAUUUAAGAAGUGAUGUGUGCGCUGAUUCCAAGUGUCCUAUGUGUGACCAAAGUUCCUGUGUUGGGGGGGGAGGGAGGGAAGUUCUAGAACAUCAUGUAGCAAACCACACAAGAACUGGGACUCAGGUCUGACUCUGCUGCUAUUUCCCUGUGUGACCCUGGGUACUUUGCUUAGCCUCUCUGAGCCUCAGUUUCUUCAUUUAGGAAAUAAAGGGAUUGGACUAGGUAAUCUCCAAGAUCCUGUGGUGCUAGGAGAAAUAUUAGAAAAUACAUAGGAAUGAAGACUCUGGUGGAGGUGCUACAACCCUGAGAAGCCCCUAGGGUGAACCAACUCUAUGGGACCUCCUAUCUCAUUCCCCUUGCCCCAAGAGCAGGCUUCUCAGACCUUUCUUCUAGAUCAAUUCAAAAGGGGGAAAACAACUAUUAUGCGUCCUGGUUCAAGGACUUUGAAGAGAUUGUUUUUAUGACGGUUCAAAAGUAACUCAAAAGAGGGAUGUGAGAGGAGAAGGGAUUAUUUAAUGACGUGAUGAAAUUCCAUAGGAACGGGACCUUUUCAUGUGACCAGUUCAAUUCUCUGCCCUCUUAAAUCAUCUCUCAUAUUUUGAAAGCUUUCCAGAGUGAUCUUUUGGAAUACCCUUUUUAUAGCUUUUAUGCAUGUGUGUAUGUGUUUUAUAUUUUGUAUAAUUGAAGCUGGUGAAGGAUAAACACUUUUUAAUAAAACUUGGUAAUGUCCUCA